GCCGGCCAGCUGUCCCUCCCCUCCCCGCUCCCAUCCCUGUGUCUGUGCUUCCCUUUCUCACUCACUCACACACAGACAAAAUCUGCCCCCCCUUCUCCUCCUCUUCCCAGCCCCCCUCCCCGCGCUCGCCUCAGCCCCACGUCACCGGGAGACCAGACGGGGACAACAUGGCGGAGCGGAGGAGACACAGGAAGCGGAUUCAGGUACCUCGCUCGCUCCUCUCCUCGCCAACCGCCGGCGGGAACCGCUUCCCUUUUUAUCUCCGUCCCCCCCGCCUUCCACACGGACUCCCCCUCCCCUCAGUGCCUCUUGUGGUAGUUUCGCCUUCCUUCUUUUCGGCCUCUUUUAUUCCCUCUCUUCUCUCGCCCCCCCCCCCAUCUUCCUUUCGCCACAGGGCCAGCCACGUCACUGCUCUCCCCUUCUCUUCAGGGCAUCUCUCUCUCUCUCUCCCUCCCUCUCCCCACCCUCCACUCGCGCCUUUUUUCUUAGUGGGAGACCGAUGGGCGCUCCAGUCCCGCAUUCCCACUCCACCCUCCAGUAGCUCCAUACUGAGUAGAUGUCUCUCCUCAGCCCAGGAUGUCUAUCUGCCCUUUUCACCCCACCAAACACCUCCCCCCCCCACAGAGCAGUCCCUAUAAUGGUGACACAGGACUGUGGGGCACCCCAGCUCCAAACGCCAGGACGCAGCUGCUCCUUCUCCAGGCGCUGUGCCCCGAGGGAGUUAUCACUCGCGAGCCCCUCUCCCACCUGCGCCUCCCGCCGUGCUCUUUUUGGGUGCGUCUUGAUGGUGCCCCACCUACAGUCCCACCACGACUCAUCCUUUCCCCCUUUCUGUUCUGCGGUUGGGUGGUUUUCCCUCCGCAGAGGGGCAUCCCUUCGCAUUUCUGGGCUAUGUGGUUCGAAGCCUAGUAUUCCCCCAAAAGGCAGCCCGGCACUCUUUUCCAGGCUCACCCUACAAACAGUGUAAACGUUUCUACCAUCACAACAGCUGUUUGCAAUCAUCUUUCCACUGUUAAUUGUCUACACACCCACACCCACCCCUUAUUGCACCAUGUUGUGGCAUGGAACUACCCCCCCCCAAAAAAAACCCCACUUCAUUGCCAAAUGUACCUGUGAAACCCUGAGGGAAUUCCCCAAUAAACUGUCUUCUCUUUACACCAGCAUAGUAGGCUAUCUACUUCACAUACAUCUAAAAUAUAGUCUUAGCAUGCAUGGUUAUCACACAUACAACCUGUAACGAAUUUCCUAUUUGGUGAGCACUAUACUUAAUGCUGUUUAAUCACCUCUGCAUCAUGUGGAGUUUGCUUGUUGCAUGCUAGUGGAUGCCACCCUGUUGCAUUACAAUAUCAGUUUUUCACUUCUGCUCAAUCCUGCUAAUUCUAGCACGCUCACUCAUUUACACGACCUGUAUUCAUUAUCAUCUUCUGUGAUGCCCUUAGGUUCACAAGCAUCCUCACACACACCUAGAAGAGUGUUUCUUCUUGGAUGUUCCAGAUGUAGUGACAGCAUAUGAAUGAGUCACUUUUUCUGCAGUCAACUGCAGUAAUUAUUUUUGGUAGUCUCAUUAUGAGAAGAAGGGAAGGGAAGUUUUUCUCACUUCAAAGCUAUGCUAUAAAGUCUUCUGCAAUAGAUGACAUAUGUUAGGUAUGCCACAUAGUUAUGUGCUCUGUAGUGAACAAAUAUAUCUUUAAAAGUAUCCGUGUCAAUGAAGCUGUGCUAUGUUUGUUAAGGUUAUUUAAUUCAAUAUCUUCCAAAACUUGUUCAAAUGUGGAAAGGCCAAAUAGUGACAAUAUUGAUAAAAGUUUAACUUAUGUUGCGUUCAGGGUAAGAAUAUGCAAAGUCUGUAAAGAAUAUUAACACUAGGUGGACCAUUGUUUUUACAGUUAACAACGCUUGGCAAAAACAAGAUAUGAUAUUAUUAGCAGUUAUAAUUUUGUGCAGCCUAAGCAUAAUGUUUAUUUGAUUGUAAUAAUUAUGCCAACAAAUAUUUGAGAAAUGUAUUCUAAAAUAUUCAUGGCCAACUUGACAGCUACCAUCCUGUCUCAUUGUGGCUUUGGUAAAACUAUUCACCAAACCAUAAAGAUUGUGAAUGAGCUGCAGACACACACUAUAUACCUCUCUUCCUCCUGUUUUUUUAAAAUUCUGAAAUUCCCUCCCCCUCAUUGCCUCCAAAAUGUGAGGCUUCUCUCAACACCUCCCCAAUUAAUAUAUAGUCUAAAGAAGGUUUAAACUGUAGGUCAGUUUGAAGCCUGAGUUACUCACAAUUAAUACUAAAAAUAAUCUUGUAUGUUAUCUAGAUUAUAGGAGCUCUUCAGUAUUGGAAAAGAUUCUUUAAAAUAUUGUUUGUUGUUUUUACAUGCCAGCGGAGAUAACAUUUCACAAACUGUUCCUAGAUAAAGCUGGAGUAAUCUCUUGCAAAUGUUUAUGGACCUUUGCUUUUGAGUGUCACAGUGUGAAUAUGUUGCAUCUUUGAUUGCCAGGACGUUGAUCUCAUGCAAAACAUUUACUGACAGCUUUGGAUACUUAGCAUAUGCUUUAUUAGUAAUAUGCUAGUUUAGUGUGCAAUACAUUGUGCAGUCAUCUCUUUCUAAAUAUAUUUUGUUUGGGUGCUGGAUGGUUUAAAAUUUAUUUAAUGAGGGAAAAACUAGUUCAAAUAAGUUUAUAUCAAAUAGUAACAGCAAUUAUUUCUCUUCAAGAGUAGCACUAUUUCUUGAAUUAUGCCCAGUGCCACAGCUAUUGGGGGGGGGGCUAGCUGGGUCCCCCCCCGAGGAGCGCCAUUGAGGCUCCCAGCCUGUUUGUGCAUGUGUGUACACACAUACACAUGGGGGUUCCAAACCAGGUCUUUGACCUGGGUGAAAUAAAGCCUACCUAGUUUUGCCCCUGAUUACGCCAUUUCCCUUUUCCCACUUUUCUAAUAUUUCUAUACAAUAUUUCAGUUUAAACACCCCGAUUGUCAUGUUGCUCUGUUCAAGGUUUGUAAUAUAUAUAUAUCAAUUUCAUAUUUUGUUUGGUGUCAUAAUGAAUAGCAGGCUGAUGAAUGAUACUAUCAUAAAUUCUUAAUAGCUGCACCUGGAGCAGUAGCACCAGAGGGACAGUGACUGAGAGAUGUACUGUAUUGGAAUCAUAGAAGUAAAACAAAUUCAGAUCUCUGUAUUAGUAUAAUUAUUUGUAUAACUAAAACUGGUGUCGUAAUACACUUCUGAUGGUCUUGGUUAAUGAAAACUGAAGUUUUCCUCUGUAUCACAUUUGUGGCCACAUUGCCAUUAAUUGACAUACUACAGUAGAAAAAUCCAUCCCAUCAAAAAUUACAGUGGUACCUCAGGUUACAUACGCUUCAGGUUAAAGACUCCACUAACCCAGAAAUAGUGCUUCAGGUUAAGCACUUUGCUUCAAGAUGAGAACAGAAAUCGGGCUCCGGCGGCGCGGCAGCAGCAGCAGGAGGCCCCAUUAGCUAAAGUGGUGCUUCAGGUUAAGAACAGUUUCAGGUUAAGUACAGACCUCCGGAACGAAUUAAGUACUUAACCUGAGGUACCACUGUAGUCAUAUAUAUUGAGCACCUUCACUUAAGAUUUAAACUUUAGACAUUUUCAUUUCUGUCUUGAAAGAACAGGAUAUAUGAUUUACAAACAUGAUUGACUCACAUCUCAAGUCAUUUAAGUUAAUUUGGUUCUUGGAAGGCAGUUCAUCUCAGAAGCGGGGAAGUUGGUACAAAAAAUGCUCUUUAAGAACAGACUGUGCGUGCCAGCUUCUUGCAUGGGUAACUAUGUUAAACUGACCUUUGCUUCAAGUUUCUUUGAAGAAACUGUAAAAACAGCUGUGGCAAACAAAGGCAACACUGGUAUUGGGUAGCUAUUUUCUGUUGAUAAGAGACUGGAGAAGCCAAGGCAGCAUGAUCUCUGCCUCAAAUUCACAACACUUCCGCAGUUAUCACGUGCUUAUUAGUCUGAAAGAACCAAAAUCUUGUCACCUGGAAAAGUAGGCAGUGGUUGCUUGGACAAGGAAGGGAGCUACAUGCUCUUCUUCCUAUCUCUGCAUUCCAUUUUAGAGAUGUGAUCAGGUGCCCUUGGUGCAGUUGACCAUGUCCCCUAAACCAUCACCUACAUUCAGCUGCUUACCAUAAGCACUGCUAUUCGUGUGCAAGUGCUUUCGUGUGCAAGCCACUUUCUGAUUCAAGCGAAAUCUGUUAUAUGCAGUGCUGCUGAGAGGCAGGCACAGAGGUACUGAUGUACUGGACCCUCAGUCAGCAGGCCCUCCAGUUGCUGAGUAUUCAUUUUUAAAAAAAUGUCUCUAGACUUAAGUUGUGGAGCAAAAUGUGCAGGCAGCCUUCUAUGCAGUUUCUGUGAGAUGAACUAUAUUUUUAGUGCAGUGGUAUGGUAGGCAACUUUGUGAUGGAAUAUAUAUGGAAAUAUAUAUAUAGGACAGACAUUGUGUUCUGUUGAUUCUUUAUAGGUUGUUGAUUGGACCCUAGAAAUCUAAUAAAUUGCUUGCAUAGGGGCUUUAGUGAGUAAUGCAAGAGAUGAAAUUUAAUUACAUAUGGUUAUAUGUUCAAAUGAGCAGUGGUGAUCUACUCUGGGCCUGAUCCAAACCAGUUCAAGCUUAAACUUGUUAACUAGAACCUAUUCCAUACCAAAUCCAGGCAAUCUCACCCAUUUCUUUUUUGUUUGUUCAUUUUUUGUUUAUUCAUUGCAUUUAUAUCCUACCUUUUUUUCUAAGGAGCUCAAGGUGUUGUACAUGGUCCUCCGCCUUCUCAUUUCUCCCACAACAACCCUGUGAGUUAGGCUAGGCUGAGAUAUAGUGACUGGCCCAACACCCAGUGAGCUUCAUGCUCAAGUGAGCUUCAGCCCACCCCCACUUUGAACUCUGGUCUUGUAGGUCCUAGUUGGACACUCUAAUUACUGCACUGCACUGCACUGGCUCUCUAAGUAGGUAGUUAGUAGUCUAUCAUGCUAAUUACAUGAACUUGGAAUAUGCUGAAAAAACUGCUAAUUGUAUUUUUCUAAUGUGAGCCUCUGUGCAUAACAAGUUGCCUACCUUUGACGUACAAACAGUAUUUUCCAAGCAAGUGUAAUUAAGUGUCUGAGACAGCAAAUUACAGAAACGACUAUUGUUUUAGUUAGCCUAUCAUAUUGCACCAUUGCUAAACAGCCCUCUUGCAAAAAGAGAUUUUAACAUACCAAGGUGAACGUGUAAGAAUUUAAGAUAUGAUGACAUUGUUUCCUUAUUUGCAUAACAUUACUUCCUUACCCUCAGUGGCUUGCAUAGGGAAAAGAAUAGGCUCCCAAGUAGUUUCUAGCAGCUGCUGCUGUUGUCUUUGCUACAACUUCAGAGCAAACGUUCCUUCUUUGCUCAGUGUAGUGGUUAAGGUUUCAUCUGGACAUACUUUGUUCCACUGGUUCAUUUCUGCACAAAGAUUUCAUGUGGGGAUAUGAAGAUGAGAGUCCAGAGGACACGGCUCCAUUCUACCCGCAGCUUCCUCCUGAUUUAUGUGGAAAUGAGGUGCUGGUUUUAGUAAUUUUAUGGGGAUUGGGAGGGAUUGGCUUUUUGUAGCUGUUCAUAUUUAAUUCUUUGCAAUACUGUAGACAUUCUCUUAAGAAUAUUUUUUGUUAUUGUUAUUGUUAUUAUUAUUUGGUUUUUAUUAUUUCAUUUUAUAAUUAUAUAAAACGGAGAAAACAAUUAUAACAGAUAAAAAUUAAAAUAUGAAAAACAAAACUAUAAAGUAGGCACGUAGAAUAAGUUAAAAUAACAAAGCCCAAGUAAAGAUCAUCAGCUCAUCAAGUAUAGUACUAGAUUUGCCAGGCUUGUGACAAGGGUUGUCUUGAAAAUGAAGGUUCCGCUGUAUAUGUCACAAAAGAAUGCCAAAUCUCAACUUCUGCAUUAUUUCCCCCCCCCCCAUUAUAACUAUAUUCCAGAAUGAUUGGUAUGAAGUGUCCAGUUUAAGAUUUUUUACUGUUUUCCAUUGAGUUGCAGUUACUAUUCAUGCUGCCAAGAUCAUAUACUGUAUAAGACCAAUUCUUUUGACAAUAUAGUUACAUUGGUAUCUUCAAAAAUAUUCAGUAACAUUAAUUUUGGACAAGAAGCAAUAGUGUUGGGUUUUUUAUUAAUAAUUGUCAUUUCUGUCAAAAUUACAUUCCAAAAAUAGUACCAACUAACAUUCCCACCAUGAAUGGUAAUAAGUACCAAGUUUAAUUGCAACCCUUCCAACAAUUAGGUGAUCUAGAAGGAAAUAUUUUAGACAUUUGCAAAGGAGUGCUAUUACCAUCUGUGUAAUAAUUUUAAGGCAUUUCCCCCAAGAAAACUGGAAACAGAUUUUGAGGUUAAUGAUUCCCAAGUUUUAUUCCAAUCAUUUGGGAGAAUUUGUGUGCCAUAUCUUUUUAAGGGGUUCCAUAGAUCCAAAAAUUACAUUAAGCAAUUUAGAAACUAACCCUUCCCACCUCUUACCCAUUAGUUUGAUUAGCAAAAAUUUCCAGGAUUUAUCUCUCUUAACAUUGUAUAGUUUUUGCAGGACUGUUUUUGGACGCUCCAACCUGUUUGCAAAAAGGGAAAAAACAGCAGUGUCAUCAAUAAACUUGCUUCACAGGCUCAACAUGAUUUUUCUGUCUUGUAGCAGGUGGAGAAUGUUCUGUAGCUUCAGCGUGGUUGCUUCAUUUUAAUAGUUUGUUCAGCCAAACAGGAACUGUCCAGUACUAUAACUUUUUUAUAUUAUUUAGCAAGUGAGUAUGUGUUUUAACCAGCUUGCAUGUUCUUUCCAUUCCUUCUUACUACUUAGCUGCCUUGUUAUAGGUGAAACAUUAAAAGGUAGAAAACAGAGCUAAAUACAUUGUUUUAAAAUCUUGUUAGUUUUAAGAAUCCCUAAUCACAACUUUUUGACAGAUGUUUAGCUACAGCCCUUUCUGUUUAUAUUUAUUUAUUAGCCAUUUAUAGGCUUGCAUCACUUCCAAAAGAUCACACACCAAAGCAGAGUAUGAAACCAAUUUAAAGCUACAAUCAUCAAAUAAAAUAAUUUAAAUAAAACACUCAUCUGGAGUAAUGAAGCAGUUAAUAGAAACGAUGAUGAUGAUGAUGAUGAUGAUAAUAAUAAUAAUAAUAAUAAUAACAAUAAUUUAUUUAUAACCUGCCCAUCUGGCUGAGUUUCCAGUGCAGCAAAAUAAAGAAUUUAUAACCAGACUAAAAGCAACUGCAAUUAAAACACCCAAUUAGCUGACACCAGAAGUGUUUUGUAAGAGCUGGGGUUUUCAUUUACUACUAAAAGACCAACAUUAUAGGGACCAAAUAGCGGUUCAGGUUGUGUUCCCCCACAGAAAAUAUCAAGCUCUGCACCUUCACAGUUUUGGUUCUCUAAAUGGAGGGGACAAUGAGCUUUCCCUGUGAACAUGGAGAAACAGGGCAGGAAAUGCUCCCAAAGAGAUGCAGGACCUAACCUAGACAGAUUAAGGCCUUAAAAACAAUCACCAGCAUGUCCAAAGCAAAAAUGCAGCCAGUAAAGAUGAGCAAUGACAGGAGUGACAUUCUUUUUGCAACGUGUCCCUGUCAGGUAAACUGCAAACCACCUGCAACUUCUGAACUGUUUUCCAGAACACAUAGAACACAUUGUAAUUGGCAUUAUAUGACAGAAGUGGCCUCAAUACGCUCUCCUGUGUUAAACUGGUAAAAUGGCCUCCUGUUAUUAGUACUACUACCUGGGAAGCCCUCAAUACCAAAGAGUCUACGAUCAUUUCCAGACCAGACUAUGUACUUUGUCAUUAAGGGGGAGUAUAAAAGGUAACAGUAAGGGUAAAGAUAAAGGACCCCUGGACAGUUAAGUCCAGUCAAAGGCAACUAUGGGGUGGGCCCUCACCUCGGUUCAGGCUGAGAGAGCUGGCAUUUGUCCACAGAUAGCGUUCCGGGUCAUGUGGCCAGCAUAACUAAAACGAUUCUGGUGCAAUGGAACACUGUCAAAAAAAAAAAAGCAUGGUGGUGUUCAAAUAUUCUGCCAGCUCUGUUCCCACCUUGUGGUUGCUUCUGUGUUAGCAUGCUGACCUGCUGAUAGAGGCAAAGAAUCUAGAAUAGUGUCCCAAUUACAACUGAUGUGGUUACCCAUUCUUAACUUUUAAACUACAAGGCAACAAUAUUUGGUCUUGGGAGGUAAAUUUCCUAUAUUUCCUAUAUCAUGCAUCUGAUGGACUGUAGUCCAUGAAAGAUUAUGCUAUGAUAAAUUUGUUAGUCUUUUAAGAUUUCACAAGAGUCUUUGUUGAUAAUGAGGUAUUUACAAAAUAUUAGCGUGUAACUAUCUAAGGCAUCACGUUUCACAUGCUAUGAAAGUGAGUUGAGGAGCUUUGUAAAAUUUCAGUACAAAUGAAAAUACUGUAGCUUUCUGCUUUAAAUUUGCAUUUGCUCUGUUUUCUCUUAAAGGAGGUGGGUGAGCCAUUCAAGGAGGAAAAGGCUGUUGCUAAAUACCUGCGUUUCAACUGUCCAACCAAGUCUACCAAUAUGAUGGGUCACAGAGUGGAUUACUUCAUUGGUAAGGUUAAAUAUUAUCCAAAUCAUGUGGCAAUCUGAUUGUCAAUAUUUGUAGCACUUGGAGGAAAAUGUUUUUAUUCUUGCUUUUACCUGGGAGAUAAGUGGGGAUGAGAAUCUGAUUAAAACUAAUCACAACCUGAUUCCCCUCCCCUCCCUAAUUUUUUUGUUUUUUAAUAAGAGCAUUUUAUGGUCUGCACUUCACCUCAGUGAAUUCCAGGGUAGGAGUAGAAUCUUUAUCUUCUGCAGAGUGUAGAAGUUUCUGGUUCAGACUGUGUUUAUUUUUAUUCAGAUUUGAAAGCCUGAGUGAGUGAUGGCGAUGAUAACACAACAAACAUAAUAUUCCUAUGGUAUUAGUCAUAAUAAUCCAGUGGAAAAUGGAUUGCUGAUGGUUGGUGUUCCCUUAUGACAACAGCAGUGAUAACUGACAAGAUAGUUUUGCCUUCUCCCAUACUAACCAUUGAUGCCAUCUCAUUAACUGUGACAACUUGUAUCUAAUACUCCAAUUUAUAUCCUAGCUGUACUUCUAUGGAACUGCUGCACUGUGUAGCACCCUGAAUAUCUAACUACCACAGGGCAGCAAGUCUGUAAAACAAUUCAUUUUUAUCUUAGAAAAAGAGAAAAGAUAUGGAGGAGGCACUCUGCUUUCUGCCAAAAUGUCCUCGGCCUACUUAAUCCACUAAGCAGUUUAUCUUCAUAAUCACUUGCAGCAGAUGGAAGCUUUGGGCUGCACUUCUUGCUCCGUUACCUGGGAGUAAGCUCUACUGAACUCAAUGCAACUUACUUUUGAGUAGACAUAACAGUGUGUGGUUCAAAUAAAAGGCCCUCAGCUUCCCAUUCCUUCAAGAGUAUAGAAAUUUGGACAAACCUAAAAGGUUUCAAAUACUUCCAGACAUUGGAUUUAUGUGUACAAGGUUUAUUCAUGCUGAAGCCAGAAAAAAGGAAAAGUGAAAAUGUCUUAAUCAAUCAAAAUCAUUUCCUAGGUUUUCUUUGGACUCAAAAAUUGUUGGGUUCUACUGUGGGUGAGCUUUUUAGACAGACACGUCAUCAAAUGAGGAACAAAAUUAUUACUGUUCCAAAAUUUCCAUUUUCUUUAGGACUGGUCACAUUUUUCCAGUGUAGCAUUCUUGUGAGAGGUAUGGUAUGUUUUUCUUUUUAGCUUCCAAAGCUGUGGAUUGCCUUCUGGAUUCUAAGUGGGCAAAAGCCAAGAAAGGAGAAGAAGCCCUGUUUACCACUCGAGAGUCUGUAGUUGAUUAUUGCAACAGGUAGGCCUGGUUGUUUUAAUGUUGUUGUAAACACUAUGAAUACUCCUAAAUAUAAUGUUACAGAAUGAAUUAAAAUGUAUUUUCAUUGUGUUAUGUCCAGGUAAUCAGAAAUUAUUUUUAUAUCGGGACUAGUCAUGGAACCAUAGAUCCUCCAUAGUUGUCUUUGGUCUUUGCUACUACUGUAUGGCUUUCCACAUAUCCCAACAGCCUAUGUAGCUAGGAUUAUUCUAGUUGAAUUACAACAUUCAGUUGAAAAUUACUUUGUUUCUGCAUUUGCAGAACUCCAAAAACUCAGCAACAAGACCUUAUUAUCUUGUCAGAUUAUAGUUUUAUGCUUUGUAGGAAUAGAAGAAACUGCCUAUAAUUGUUAAAGUUGGCUGGUUUUUAUUAUCAGUAUUUUAUGAAGAGUUCCCUUGGGUUAGGGUAUAUUGUCAAAAUGUGUUGGAAACAGUGGCCUAAUUUUCACGUCAUCUAUUACCUUUACCAUUUGUCACUGUUUUUUAAUUAAUAACAUGUGCAUAUAUCUAAGUGUGAAAUGGCAACCGAUAGGGAAGAUUGAUGUUUUAUGUGCUUAUAAGAAAAUAAGUUUAUGUAUGGCAAGUAUUUUUAUACUGCUCUUCAAUCCUAUUUCCUGAGCAGCUUACAAAAAUUUCAAGGAGUAAUCAAGCUCUGGCACUAUUCUAAUGAUGACUAUUUUUUAAAUACAAUUUUUAUUUAAGAGAUUCCCCCCCCCCCAAUCUUUCUUAAUAACCUGCCAAAUGUGAUGUAGACUUGGUUUGGUCAUAGUUGUAGAAUGGAUUGCUUAUUUGAUCAAAGUAGUAGUUUGAGUUUAUUUUACCAUAUGACUCCACUUUAGCAGUGGACUCCCAGAUUAAGCAUGAACUGAAUUUUUCUUCUAAGACUUUUAAAGAAGCAGUUUUUCCACCGGGCUCUAAAAGUGAUGAAGAUGAAGCCAGACAAGGAUGCAAAGAAAGAAAAGGAAAAAGAGAAAGGAAAGACUGAAAGUGGAAAAGAAGAUGAGAAAAAGAGCAAAAAAGAUGGCGGAAAAGAAGAAAAAGCUAAGAAGGAGAAAGAGAAGGAAAAGAAGAAGGAUGGUGAGAAAGAAGAAGGCAAAAAGGUCAGUGUGAAUCCCCAAGUCCAGCUGAGAUGAAACCAUAAUAUAAACAGUGGAUUGAAUAGCAUUCCAUUCAGAGUGAGAGAAAAUUAAAAACUGCAAAGAACUAAUAUUAAAGAUUAACUUCUAGUUUGGAUUUCUUUACUUACCAUAGCUUUUCUCAUAAUACUUUGGGGUCUUUGUAAUAUAGUUCCUCAUGAGAAAAACUGUACAUGUUCAGUGGAGGACAUUAACAGUAUGGACUAGUUUUUACAGGAAGAAGUGAAAAAAGCUAAAAGAAAUUAAAGAAUACAUAGUGCAAGGUACACACUUAAGAGAGUUUUAGCAUUUUUGCUGUCAUAUUAAUAGACAUGCUUAAUAAAACAUAUAAUAAGAUUAGUAUUACAGAGAUAGUUCUGUAAAUUUUUUUCGGGGUGCUCAAAAGGUGUUCAGUAGGUUUCAGUGGCCCUUUCUAUUACUUAUUUCUGAAAUAGAUUUGUGAGAAGUAUUUUCUGCAGUGUACAGUAAUCUUCAUCCCAAUUUGUGUAUGAAUAAAUGUGUUUCUGUCGGGGCACUCUAAUUUGGGAAGAGGCAGUAGACAUGGUUAGACAUAAUUUCCUUCUCUCUUUUUCAUCAUUAGGUUCAAUAUUAAAAUUUCAAGAAUAAAUACUAAUAUAUGUGCUUAAGAUUGUACCAUAUGCAUACUGUAAACAGUUUCAAGUUCUAAAAAAGUUACUGUUUUGAUAACUACCUCUUUUAGUAUUGGUUCCAGAUUUAAGUUUAAGGAAAACUGAAAUCCUUGGGGUGAAUUUAACCAUAGAUGAAUAUCAGUUUCAUUAAAAAUACAAGGUCUCUUAUUUAGAAAUACAAUAUACUGAGGUAGGAUGCAUAAAAUAACUGAGUUUACAAUUUGUUUGAAACACAUAUUCCUGUCCUGGAGUUUUCCUGUUCAGGUGUAGGCCAUGCCCUUUUCCAUGACACUACAUUUCAUCUAGUCCUCCCUCUGUUCUCCCCCCACUCCCAGUUGCCCAUUCCAACCACCCCACCACUCAACACAAUGUGCUGUAGCAACUGAGAAUGCUUAGUCCUUAUUGGGCCUGAGAAUUUCCCCCUACAGUUUUUUUUGUGUUUUGUAUUUCUGCAAAAGAUGCAACUGUCAGCUGAAAAAAAAUUCAGCUCCUAAAAUUGAUAGCAUGACUCUUAAGUCAGCUAAAGAGGUUUGUGGAAGGAAGGAAAGUUGCUCAUCCUGCUAUGUGCAGAAGACCCCCUCCAAGCUGUCUGGAGGACCAUGCGAAUUGUAAUGUAGCUGUUUCAUGCUGUGGCCUCCUUUGGAAAUUCCUUUGUUCAAGUAUGGCUACUUUAAGAUAAUUGGCAAAGUGCCCUAGUGGAUUGAAGCAUUCUCGUACUGGUCUAUGAAUAUUGCCAUUUCUUAUGUCAGAUAUGUAUUCAUUGAUUCUUUUGUGUAGGGAUGGGCCUGUUUGUCCUAUGUAGAAUGCAGAAGGGCAUUGCUGGCAGAUGACAUAAUGCAUUGGAAGAUGAGCAGGUGAAUGAACUAUUGAUGUUAUUUUAGGUCCUGUAAUACUGUUGCCAGAGAAGGUAUGGGAAAAGAAUUGGCAUCUCGGUUUGUUGCAGGGCCUGGUUCCUGUUUUUGUGUUCUGUUAUAUGAGCUCUUGUUGGCGAGUAGUUGUUAUGGGUGUUGUGUGUAAGCAAGAACAGUCCUCCUACCCAAGACCUGUGAGAAGGAAGCAAUAUUGUCCAAGAUGGGCUGUAGAUUAUUCAUGCUUGAGUGGCUAUAUCUGGGAGCUGUAGGUGGCUAUAAAUGGUGGUCUGUUGCUUUCUCUUCCUCAUCUGUCCUGUAGUUGAUUAUUUCUGGAAAUUGGUCUGACCUUGCUGAUUUGCUCUUUCACUCCAUUGGAUUUGUAUUGUAAUCUGAGAAAUGCCUGGUGUAAAUCCUUAAAUUGUGAGUCUGUGUGAUGGGUCAGAGCAGAUGUAAUGCCUUAAGGCUUUGUUGUUUUUGCUGCAACCAACUAUCAUGGCUAUCCUACUGGAAAUGGUUUCCUUCCAUGAACUUCGUUAACUUGUUCUAGGAUCUAAGAUGGAUUAUGGGCAAUUCUGUUGGCUAUUUGCAGUUUAGUAGCGCUGCAGAGAGCUUGCUGGGGAGACCAUGCAUUAAAAAGGGACUCAAAAAUAACUUAAACAAGGUUUUAAUAACAAAAACAAAAACUCCUUAUACAUUAAAUACAUCAGCAACAAACCAGACCCAACCACCAGCCCAUCCCCCAGGGUAAAGGGAGAGCUAGGUGCUGCUCCUUAUAUACUAUACCCAAUUGCUGACACAGCUUGAUUAGCACAACUCAGCAGCACCUGCUAUGUUUCACAGCUGUAAGACUGGGUCUCGUUAUUUGCCCUGGCCCUGGCCCUUAAAGACAUACACAACUUGUGAAACAAUAAUGAACCUUCACAUUUUAAAGUGACCAUUCAACAGAUUCUCCCCUUCCCUCAGAAGACCCCCCCCCAGACAUCACAAACUACAUUGUUUAGAAGGGCCCACCAACUCUCUAGAUAAGCUUUUUAGGGGGUGCAAGGUAGGGAAGGGAGAGGAGAGGAGACGUCAUUUUGUGAAUGUCUUUCAGAGAACAUAUCUUAGGAUUUAUACCAUUCAACUAAAAUCUGGCAAGUAACAAGUUAUGAAUCUCACAACCUAUAUUUGAGCCAGAGAGGUAUACCAAAUGACAGAUAGGUUUAGAGAACUGGACUCCAUUUGUCUUGUAUUAGAACAACAAGCAGCCUCCAAAUUUUCAUGAGUAAGAAACCUUUUGCACUGCCUAGCUUUCUUAUACCCUUUCUCCUCACUGCUGUUUUCUGUGUCCUGGAAAAGCUACUCCUGUGGACAGGGAACCCUCAGAAUUAGGAUGUUAUGUGGAAGGUUACAGAUGGGGAAAUCAUCAGACAUUGGACAAAAGCAGUUCCACUUCUGUGAGCUCCCUCUGUCUUUUGGCUAUGUCUUCCCUCCCAGCACAACAAUCCAGGGUGAACCCUAUUUUGGGUGUUCUCUGAUUUUACAGAGAAUCAUUUUUGGGGCACAGUAAGGAGGCGGGUACGGGAAAUCAAGCAACCUUCUGCUUGAGUAACGUUUGGCCCAAUAAGAACCACAAUUAAGUAAAGGUAAAGGGAACCCUGACCAUUAGGUCCAGUCGUGACCGACUGGGGUUGCGGCGCUCAUCUCGCUUUAUUGGCCGAGGGAGCCGGCGUACAGCUUCCAGGUCAUGUGGCCAGCAUGACUAAGCUGCUUCUGGCGAACCAGAGCAGUGCACGGAAACGCAGUUUACCUUCCCGCCAGAGCGGUACCUAUUUAUCUACUUGCACUCUGACAUGCUUUCAAACUGCUAGGUGGGCAGGAGCUGGGACCGAGCAACGGGAGCUCACCCCGUCGCAGGGAUUUGAACCGCCGACCUUCUGAUCGGCAAAUCCUAGGCUCUGUGGUUUAACCCACAGCGCCACCCGCGUCCCUAAGAACCACAAUUACUGUACAAUAAUUACCCAUUCACCUAAUUUUCAUCAUCUUAUUUAUUCCCCCCACCCCUUUUAGGGCAGAUUGUUAUACAGCCCCUUACAAUAAAAAUGUGUAAAAAACCAACUAAUAAAUAGUAUAAUAAACUAGCAACAAAUAAAAUCAUAUCUGGGGUAGGAGUGUCACGGGAAAAUCAAUAGAAAACUUGACAGGAUAAGGACACUUUUAGGGGCCAUUUAAUACAAAAGGGGCCCAAAGCAGACUUUUCAGGGCAGGAUAUUUCACAGAUGUAGGAUCAUUCCUGAAAGGAUCCUGUUCCUGACUAAUCUGAUUAUCUUCAAUGGCAAGAACAGGUCCUCUAAGGUUGAUUUUAGGGCCUGAGCAGCUUUCUGUGAGUUUGGGUAUUUGUCAAAUAAUCUGGUACCAACCCUUUUGAUGCUUUGAAUGUUAAUGGCAGCACAUUAAAUUGACCCAGGAAACGAAUGGCUGACCAAUGCAACUGAUGCAAAGUUUGUGUGGUGUGGCCGUACUGCCUACCCCACCCCACACCUUGGCAAGUAUUCUGGUGGUUGAAUUUUUCACUAGCUGAAGUUUCUGGACUGUCUUCAGAGGCAGCCUUAUGUAGUUACAGUAAUGCAGUCUGUAUGUUGUGUGUGUAGCUGACGCUUUCUCUAGACAGCAUUGCAGCUGGUAAAAAGCAUUAUUAUUAUUACUGUAUAUUAAACUUGUAUACCACCCUUCAUCAAUUGAUCUCAAGGUAGUUCCCAACAUAAAAAUACAAGAUAAACAUAGCAAAUGCAUAAUAAAAACAAGAACAAAAAAAACACAAACCAACCCAUAAACCAAUAACCCCCUCUCCUCCCAUCCCCUCCAUGUCUACCAUCUAUACUUUCAUAGGUAAUACUGGAUCCAUGAGUACUUUCAAACUGCAUACCUGAUUCUUUAGAGACAGGGUAAGCCUGUCUAAAAUUGUUUGCAAACCUCUAUGCAGAGCCCAAACUGUAUAUCCAUUUUAUCAUGAUUAAGUUUCCAUUUGUUUGACCUCAUUUGUUCCAUAACUGCCCCAAGAUACCUGAUAAGAUUUCUACUGCCUUUCUGAGAAGCAGAACUGUGUGUUCUCUGCAUCUUGGUAACACACCAGCCCAAAACUCUGGCAGAGCUCAUCCAGUGAUUAGUCUCCCAACACCAUGUUCUAGACUCACUCUUCCGGAAAGAACCAGAGCCACUGUAACAUUGUGUCUCCAAGCCCCAUUCAGACAAGGCAGUUCAGAGGGAUGCCAUGGUCUGCAGUAUCGAAGACAUUGGAGAAUCAAGAAUCAACAGGGUUGUGCUCCUCCUGUCCCUCCUGAUGAAGGUUAUUAGCUAGAAUGAUCAAGAUAGUUUCAGGGCUAUAGCUAGGCUGGAAACCAGAUUGUAAUACUGUACAAGCAAGGCUCAACUUAUGUGGGGGUUAUGUUCUGGGGAUAGCAUAUAAAGCCAAACUUGUGUGUAGUCAAAAUGCAUUGGGUGGAAUGGCAGGUGGUAUUGCCUAAAAUAAUUUUCCCCCAGGCAACCCACCCACUUUCAGCCCCUUUUUAUUUAUAUUUUUUAAAAUUUGCCAAGCGCGUAAAGUUGAAUGCGCACAAAUUAAAUGAGUGCAAGUUGUGAGUUAACUGUCGUUAUUUUGAGCAUUCUUCAUUUUUUUGUCUGCGAUUACCAACUGUAAAUUAUAAUUAACAGCAUUCAGCUAUAGCUAAGCAUAUAAAAAGUCCCUUGAUUUUAAUAAAAUACUUUAACAGGUGCUUAAAUAUUUCCUUUUGAAAUUGGUGAAAAUAAAAAGGGCUUAAUUUUGGCUGCAUUGUGUACUUAUUUUUGUAACACACAUACUUGAGAGAUUCCAUAGCACAGGUAAGAAUUCAUGGCACCCCGGCAGUCUUUUCAGUCCAUAGUGAUGGAACAUUACUGGGGAAUCACAAAGGGGUGUGCCAGGGCAAGGACUGUGAGAAGGGGGAGAGUAAGAAGCUAGGCAGACAUGCAGGCAAUAAAGUUUUAAGAAUUUAUUUGAGAAGAUGCACAUUAAAUAACCUAUAUUAUAGAGGCAUGUUUGAGUUAAGAUUUUUUGGGGGAAUUGGUCUAAUAAAGAGGAGGUUAAAGUAUAAAUAGUCUGUUCUAGAAUUUUGUGUUCUAAGGAAGAAAAGAGGAUCAGUCAGAACAAUUGGUGUCUGUAUCUUUCUUUCUGAGUUCUCAGUAAUACUAAAUAGUAAAUUUUAACAAAAUGUUUAGCUUUUUGUCAAUGUUGUAUUCCUUGAGUUGCAUGUAACCGAAAUCAGUGGGAGAAUUUUAAUGGACUUAAGGCGGGUAUGGGGUACCUGUUCAGUUCAGUGGAUAAGAUCUCUGUAUCUCCAGUCCUGGCAGGGCCUACCCACCUGUCAAAUUUAUCUCUAGGAGAGUAAGUGUCAACGUGUUGUAAUUCUUUAUGGGACAAUUUUUCUUUCUUUUAGGGGAGGUUUCAUAGCCCCUUUGUCCAGGUACUCGGCGCCCAGUGCUUGGGAAGUCUAGCACAAGGGGCAUUCCAAACUCUGCUUGCAAAGUGUCUGACAACCUCCUGGUUGUCAGGUGCUUAGGAGCUACUGCAGAAAGGGUUUUGCAGGCACCUUGGAUUGGUGGUGCCUGCAAAGCCUCAUUUGGCCAAACCCCACCUUUACCUGCCUCUCCAUCUGAUGUUAUAUAUGACAUCAGGUUGAAUGGCAGGUUGGCAUAGCUUGUCCAACAUGGCCCCGUGGGGCAAAUGGUGCUGCCAGACAGGCCCACAGACUGGAGGUUCCCCAAGAGGAAAUGCCUAGUUAAACCUUUAUAUCUCAGUCCAAAGACCAUGGUCUGAGGUGGAACCAUGUCUUUAUCCUCAAUGCUGCUUUCGAAUCAGUAUGUGGGAACAAAGGCAGAAGGGAAGGCUCUCUUGUAUCCCAGCUACAUGAGGUGUUCUCAUGAGCACAAUUUCACUGGCAAUUGUUUCCAAUAUAUGUCAUUAGGAUGAGACUCCUGGCACACCUAAGAAGAAGGAGACAAAGAGAAAAUUCAAACUUGAGCCUCAUGAAGAUCAGGUUUUUCUGGAUGGAAAUGAGGUACAGUAUCUGAAUAAUCUCUGUUGCUGAAAUGUUUUCCUGUCUAUAAUGUUUACCAGUAAUAAAAAUGUGGAGAAAUCCACUAGUCUAACUAGAUUUUUCUUGAUGUAGUUGGUCAGAAUUGGAGACAUCUGGCUCUGGUUUUAUGAAUGUUUGGUAAUGUUUUAAAAUACCUGUUUUAGCUGUUUUUAUCAGUAAUUUUUAAAAAAUAUAUUUUUGUAAACUGCUUAGGGAUUUUCUUACAAUCACGUGGCUUAUACAUUCUGUUAAAUAAAUAAAAAUAGGGGAAUUCUUGGUUUUGAUUUUUUUAUUUUUAAAAUAUAUUUUUUUCUAUUCUGUUGUUUUACUGCAGUCUUCUCUAACCUGGUGCCCCCAACUGUUUCAGACUACAAUAUGUCACCUUGAACUUCUUGGAGGAAAGGUGUAAUAAUGCAAUAAAUAAAUAAAAUCCCUGACCAUUGGCUAUGCUCGCUGAGGCGGAUGGUAAUUGUACUCCAAAACAUCUAGAGAGUACUAAGUUGGGAGACACUGUUGUGAUGUAGUUUACUUGAGUGUAAUUUCCUCUGAGACCAUUAGGUGAAGAACAGGAUAUAAAUCUUUUAAAUAAAAUAGGAGUAAUAAUCUAAGGGCUUUUUUCUGUUAAGAUUUCAUAUUUAGUUUACUUAUCACAUAAUCACAACAUGCAUAAAUUUCAUACCAAGGCUAGAUAGAUUUUGGUCUGAUUUAACAGGACAAUGUCCUGGUACUGUUGGUUAUUGCUCCCCAAAGUGUGUACGCUUAUUCAAAAGCACAGGUUUACUUCUGCCUUAAAGUCCUCAUAAGCUGCUGCCAUAGACGGACCAUUAGUCUUGCUUGAAAUAAGGAACAGCACUUUCCAAUUGUUCUUCAUAGCCAUUACAAGAAUUACCUGUUGUGGCUGGAUUCAAUAGAUUGCAUCUCUAGGCCUGCCCUUCAAAUUGCGGGUGCAUUGUGGGUUUAUGGGAUCUCAGAUGUUGUUAUAAGGCUAAUUGAGCAUUUGGUGGUGGAACCACACCACUGUUUUUCUGCUGCAAAGGGAAAGGCAGUUUGCAGGGGAGAUGUAGCUCUUCACGUGACACCUCUCUACCCUACACACUACCCCCCCCUCCAUUUUGAUCCUAGAUGUAUGUUUGCUGCUCUUGUUGCAGAAAGCAAUGGUAGAUGGGUGUUGUGCAGAAACAGUGAUGGGCAGGGAGGAGAAGCAUCUUCACCCAGCCCUGCUUUUCCCCUAUACGUCCAUCCCCAGCCUACUUUGCAGAGAAGUGCUUAUCAGGUUCCCAGAUCUAUGAUAAUAACCAUAAAUACUUAGACCUAGUUCUCCUUGAGGAACUAGACCUGUGUCUGAGUUUCAUUCCCUCACACUGCAGUACUCUAGUACAGGAGGAGGGAGGGAGGGAGAGCACUAGCUGUCAUGGAGAAAGGUUGCAGUUUUCUUCCUGAUGCACAGUUUUCUACAUGCCAGCAACUUUUUCUAUGGAGGAACAUUAAAGGAUGUAAACUUCCAUCUCCAGUCUGAAGUGACACAGCCCCAGACAUAGAAUCAUAGAAUUGUAGAGUUGGAAGGGACCUGAGGCUCAUCUGUUCCAACCCCCUGCAAUGCUUAGAUAAAAUACAUAGAUUUAUUGUUGCACAGAGAACAAGACUUUAGCUCAGCCCAUUAAUAAGCUGCCUCAGGUCACGGAGAAAAUGUUCAGACUUCUGUACAUGCUACAGUGAUGAACUAUUGCAAGCAGAAUAUAUUAUUUCCAAUCAGCUUCCUCAUAUACCUUUGUUUUCAGAACCUGGUUUAAUUUUUAUGUAAUCAUUCUCCUUCCAGGUAUAUGUGUGGAUUUAUGACCCAGUUCAUUUUAAAACAUUUGCCAUGGGACUCAUACUUGGUAAGUAAGUGAGCACUGUUGGGUGUAACUGGCAACCCACCCAACAAACGGUCUGCCUCUUAGCACAUCUGUGGCUUUCACGGGCAAAUCCCCCCCCCUUCCCAUUGAAAUAAAUGGGGCUUGUUAAGUUCCAAUAGAUGUUAAUUGGUUUUGGGCAGGACAAACACUGCAGUGGAUUACACCCAUAUUCUGUAGAGGCACAGCACCCACUUUUACAAGACAAUUGUGAGGGCUCAAAACAUCCCCCCCCCCAAAUUAAAGUGGCGCUGUUGCAUUUAUUUCAGUCCUAAAGCUCCCAGUAUUUCUUAUGCUUGUGCUGUCUUUCUUUUAACAGUGACUGCUGUUAUAGCUGCAACUCUCUUCCCACUCUGGCCUGCAGAGAUGCGAGUAGGCGUUUAUUAUUUGAGCGUAGGUGCAGGGUGUUUUGUGGCUAGUAUUCUCCUCCUGGCUGUUGGUAAGUGUGUGUUUCUCUUCUCUUCCUCUCCAUCUCUCACAGUUCAGAUUUAAGCAUCUCAUAGACUUGCCUUGCACCAUGUGAAUGUUUCCCAGGUGGCCACCAUAUGUCACCAUUGCGCCAUUUGUAAUAAAGCUGACUGCAAGUGUGCAUUCAUUCUGGUUGCUUUCACGCAGUGGGAGCAGUUCUGAUGUUUGUGUUGCCAUUUCUGUCUCAUGGGAGAAGCUAAGUGCACCAGUCCCUGUACAGUAGUCUUGCUUACAUUUCCUCUGACUGCUCUUGCAGCAAUGACUUGUUUUAGGACUGUACUUAACAUUUCCCUCUAGCUUUACUGCUUCAAUGAGAGACUUUUUGUCUCCUUACUGACAGUUAGAAGUGCUAAACCUACAGGAGGGGUAUUCUGUGAGGCUUUGCUGUGAGGCUUGAUUCACAGCAUAAAAACGGCAUUCUGUGCUUUAUUGCACAUAUGAUCACUUCAUGGAACCAUGUUUUAUAUGGGGCGGCACCUGGUUGUACAGCUUUAUGCUAAACUAUCUGCCACUGGCUACAAGCAGUUCAUUUACUUACUUGAAAGCAUUCACUGCUGAAACUAUUUUUGGUAGUAAAAGGAAGCUAGAAGGAAACAUAUAUAUGUAUAAUGAGGCAGGGGGAAAGGUUAAGAGACAGAAUGAGAUCCCUUGAGAUUGUAGUGUACAAAUUAAUUAAAUUACUGAGCAUAGACAGGACAGUAAGUACAAUUAACUGAAAUGGUUCUCUAGAAUCAGGUUUUAUUCCAGAUAUUCCUGCAUCUGCUCCAGAUACCUACAGUCUCUCAGAUAGAGGUCUCUCAGAUUAUAAAUCUUUAUAAAUGUCUUGGUCUCUGCUUACCUUUAUAUAUUACUAUUACUAUUACUAUUACUAUUAUAUUUCCAGUUGUGUUGACUGUGAUUGUUCAGAAUUCCCUCUUGGUUCUGUUGUAUAUGUCUAUUCCUCAAGGGCAUGUAGAGAGUGGUUGUGGGCUUACUCACAGCAGUGUAAUUUCAUUCUUCUAGAGACUUGCCAAUCAGUCUCCUUUUGAAUGUGCUUAAGCCACAUCAUUGGAGCUAGAUUGCAGUAUCCGCAGCCAAGCAAAAAUAGGGCUUAAAAUUGUUUGGUAAUGAUCCAAUUUGAUUUUAAAUGUUUUGUUAUAUGGUAUAUGUGUAAUGCAUGUUUUGUUAUCUGCCCUGUGAGGUUUAGUGUGGUCUAGAAAUGUAAGUAAACAAAAACCAAUGAGCAUCUUAACCAUUUAGGUAUUGCUUGUUGGUGGAAUCGAAAGGGAAUGCUUACUCAAUAUUAUUAUAUUUUAAUGUUUUCAACCUUUACCUUGUAGUUUGAACUAUUAGCCAGCAACCAAAGUUGGUCAUUAACUGGCAGUAGAGAAUGUACACCAUACAGAUUUUCAACAAGUGGUGAAACAGUUUAAGAAUGUUAGGGCCUUAAUUAGAACUCAGCAGUUGAGUUUGCAUUUUAACCCUUGAUCUUAAUGUAAUUAAUAGAUAUGGAAAGCAAUUUCUGGAAAAGAAUUGGAGGUGGGAGAACCUGGAGCCCUUUAAAUUCCUGAGCUGCCUCUUAAGUGUGGGCCCCAAGAUUGCAGUGGCUUACUUAAUUUCUCUCACUCAGAAUUUUCUGCAUUGCCAGUUCAGGCAUUUUGUCAUUUGCAAACAUAAAUGUAGCUCUGUGUUCUGUAAAUAUCCUGUUUAAGACAUUUGGACAUUUUCUUCUUGUAGCCCGCUGCAUCCUCUUCCUUAUCAUCUGGCUGAUAACUGGUGGAAGACAUCACUUCUGGUUCUUGCCAAACCUGACUGCUGACGUUGGCUUCAUUGACUCCUUCAGGCCCCUGUAUACACAUGAGUACAAAGGACCAAAAGCUGAUUCAAAGAAAGAUGAGAAGUCCGAAUCCAAAAAGCAGCCAAAAUUCGACAGUGAGGAGAAAUCUGAUAGUGAGAAAAAAGAAGAUGAGGACGGCAAAGCUGAUCCACUGGGAGGCUUGGGAUCAGAAGCUUCUGGCGGAGAGCGGAAUUCGGACACAGACAGUGAUAGGCGGGAGGAUGACCGGUCCCAGCACAGUAGUGGCAAUGGAAAUGAUUUUGAAAUGAUCACAAAAGAGGAACUUGACCAGCAAACGGAUGAAGAGGAUUGUGAAGAGGAGGAAGAGGAAGAAGAGGAGCAAGAUACUAGGCCUUUACAUGAACAAUCUUAAUUCAGCUGUAGUUUGGGACUAAAUUUUGUGCAGACAGUUGGAUUUUCUAUGUUGGCUGCUACACCAUAUUGACAGCAUUCAUUUCUUCCUUAUUUGCUGAAAUAUACAGAUGCCGCUUAGCCAAACAGCUUUAUAACAUAGUUCUUAAUUUGUUUUACAAACAGAAGAAAACCACUUAACUUGAUAGUUGUUGUAAGUAAUCUAAUAUACACUUACAAAAGCCAUCUGUUUCACAACUUGUCAGUCAGAUAUUUUGGUCUGCUUAAGUCAUCAAAUAUACGGAGGAAUGUAGUUCUUUUAAUAAUAUUUUGGGAAAUUGCAUGUUUUCAGUAACUACACUUUUCCAGAAUAGUAAUUUAAAAUGGCACUUGUUGCAUUUAUUCCUAAUAGCUUAAUUUGAUUGAUACUUACAACAACUGAACUUUUCGGUUCAUUCUAUUUAUAUUGUUAUUAAUCUUCAUAAAACUGUAAGACUUUUCUUAGAACUUUUUGUUUAAGAAUAUUUUUUUUCUUAAGACAUAUAAGUUAAUGCUGACUUGGCUGUAGGGUUUUAAACUUUUUAACUGUGUGUGACCAACUUAGGAAAUCCAGACUGUUCUGUCCAUCUGGUUCAGAGCAAAGAAAUCAUCUUCAACAGGUGGCGGGGGGGGGGGAGAGCAUAAUUUGGAGGUUAUAGCUCUUGUCUUGACUUGCCCCAUCAUACUACAAGAAGUGUAUUCUGUACAUAACAUACAAAUAAAGCAACCCCCUUAUUUUACCUGUUACUUAUUAUUUGGAGGAUUUAUCCAGUUUUCAAUUUGUAUAAUUAAAAGCCAUUUCAGAAUGUGUGUGUGUAAGGGAAAUGCAAGUCACAAGGACCUAACAGAAUCAGUGAGAUUGGCAGCUGUGUUCACUACUGCUUUAGUUUUGUGCCAACAUUCCACGUAUUCAAGUCCAAGUAAACUGAUUCUAAUUCAACAAAAGCAGACAGCGUAGCUCUGUGUAUGCCUUAAUGUUAGUCUUUUAUUUCUUUCUGUCUUCAGAAAGUGGAGUACUGUAUUUGAUGAGUAGACACUGCCAUGAGAGAGGAUAGGCUUGGCUUGAACAUUAAAAGAAGCUCAUAAAAAAAAGAUUACCAAGACCAAAUAAUUUCUUGAAAUCUUGAAGGAGUUCUGAUUGUUCACUUUCUCUCUUAUGCAUCCCUCAUUUGACUGACUUGGAAGACCAUUGUGUGUUUAGUUCUAUAAACAUUUUUAAAGUUAAGACUUUACAUCAUUCCUCUGAAUCAUUGAAUUUCAGCCUAAAACUGAAAUUAUGAAUACAGAUUCAGUUCUUUCUUAGCAAAGUGACUGUGAAGAGAUAAUGCUAGUUACUUGCUUGCAUUUUCGAUAGCUGACUUAACAGAUCUCUCCUUUUUUCCUUGAACUGCUUUUUCCAUCACCAGUGUUUUGACUGAAGAUGUUAAUUUUUUCUGAUUGUGCAAAUAUAUGCAUUUUAUGUGUGCAUUGAUAAAAACCAUUCACAAAUG